AUGGGAAUCGAAGGUGGUUGUUCGCGGUGCAUGGCGCGAUCUAAGCACGAAGGCAGUUGCUGAAGUGCGGAAGAAAGCCCUCAUGCAUGCAGAGAUGAAGAGGCAAGUGCGGAAGCGGCAAGCACCGAUGAAUUGUACUCCAUCGACAUCGCGCGCAUGGUGCUGUAGAACGUGCGGUCACGAGUGCCUUAGUCCGGCAGGUUUAGUGAGCCAUUAGAGAGGUCACUCGGGACCACUGGCGAAUCGACGACGGGUCCUGCAGUGAACGUAGGCAGCACCGGCGCAGCGUUUGUAGAUUGGCAACCAGCAUGUCCCACAUAGCAGUGCCUUCACCGUUGGCUCGAAUCGGCGGCAGUCGCAGUCCGAAAGAGGAUCUCCACUUCUUUCCAUAUUCUCCCUCGAGCCAUACGUUGCAGUCGACUUCGUCCACAGAUGAGCAUGUGUCGAGAGAUCAACAGAGCAAAACCCCAGUAAUACAAUUCACCGCACAUCUAAUAGAACCAAUCAACAGACUGGACAAGAUACUGCAGGAUAUUAUUGAUUACAAGUGGGACGCCAUCUCUGCCGCUGCGACGGCACCAGAACUGGCACAUAUUCUAGAGACAGAACCGCGUACUGGAAGGCAGCUUCAAACAGUGGCGUUCACACAUAACACCGCUCGCAACCAAGCCUCACGUCUUGGUUUGAUAACCUGUCCGAAGCUUAUCCGGGAACUUAUUUCACUGCUUCAAACGACGAAUUCAAAUGAGUUGCAAGCCGAAACCGCCUUGAGCCUGCAACUACUGGUUAAAACCAGGACCGGUGCCCAGUUGAUUCACAAAGAAAUGGGCAUUCCGGUGUUGGUGAAGAUGCUGCAGCACCAUACUGAAGUGAUCUACACCACAGCACUUUACAUUUUAAAUCAAAUCAUGUGGCAUCUGCCAGACGAAACGAGGCCAGAGGUUCGCGCCUGUUCUGGGCAACUGUGCUUAGCGGAACUUCUACGUGAGGGGAAAAUGAACAGCCAGAAUUGGAUCGUCAUCUGCUUGGACUCAAUACGCAUGGUGGCGUAUCGUGAUAGUGAUACCAAGCUUUCAUUAGUGUCAACCAAUCUGCACAACGACUUGGUGCGGUUGCUCCGAACAUAUAUGAAUCACUCCAAAUUGGCGUACAACAUAGCCCGCGUGAUCAAAGUACUGGGGACAUGUAACGAAAACAAAGCAAAGUUGGUUGAAAGCGGUGCAGUUGAGGCACUCACGCCGCUGUUGCAUGCAAGCAAUGAAAUGUUACAACUGGAAACGCUGUGGAGUUUGCGCAACCUUAGCGACCAGGCGUUUCAUCUGAACACAUCUAAAAACUUGAUUUUGCAUUUAAUCGACUUAUUGGCCAGUAUGGACGAGAAUAUAUCCAUCUGCGCUGCUGGGUGUUUAUGUAAUCUCACUUGUGAAAACGCGGACAACAAAGGUUUGGUUGUAGAAUCAGGUGGUGUCACCCGACUUUGCCAACUCCUUAUGUUAAACCCGUUACGGCAAGAAAUCUCGGAACCUGUGUGCUCGGCUCUACGUCACGUGACACAUCGAAGCCCAUACGCGGACACCGCAGUUUACGAGAUACGCAGCAACGAUGCACUGAGAACAAUCGUCGCUCUGCUAGACGAUGGUGGGGAACCUACAAAGCUGCCACUGACGAAGUCUGUAAUUGGGUUAAUCCGUAACUUGGCAACUGAAGAUGAAUCGAGGGAGCUACUGAGGCAACUUGGCACCAUUAAGUCGGUGACCAUCAUUCUAAAGCAAGCGAACAACACCAUCCAGUCCGGUCCCAUGACUCUAGCUGAGGAUUCCGAUGACUUGGACUCCGUUGGGAUAAAGCUUGGCUGCAUAGAAGGGGUCCGAUUGGAAGAUAUGUUGGAGCUGUGCCUAGUCGCAUUACAGGCAAUGGCUAAAGACGUCGCGGCGCAUGAAGAGUUGGUGCAUACAGCCGGUUUGCUUCCAACUGUGGUCCAGCUCCUAUAUUCAGCCUCGUCCAUUAUUCAACGGGCUGCAGUGGCUUUCCUUAGCCAAUUAUCCGCUUCGGUGACUGGUUCAAAGACUAUAGAACAAGAAGGGGCAUGUCCUCGUCUCACAGAACUGGUACAGUCGAACAACGAGUAUAUCGCUGCCUAUUCUGCUGCGGUGUUGCAUCGGAUUGCACAAGGCAAGCCGAUAGAUUACCGGCGACGCCUAUCAUUAGAACUACGGCAGGCGUUGUUUGAUGGUGGUCUUGCAAGCAACCAUACCGGCAGUCUUUCGUUUAAUCGGGAUUUCGGUUCCGAAUCAAUAAGUCCCGAUGAGAGCAGUGGGCGGCAUCUCGCAUCGUCAAAGAAACAUUCGAAAUCAUCAAAUAGAAGAAAAUCAGCUCAUUGAUGAUCCGCUUUGGAGCAAUUUGAUCUACAACAAAGUACACGACCUCCUUACAAAUUCCGAUUGCUACCUCAGAAGUAGAUGAAUGCGCGACCCUACUAAUGACUAUAUUUCAAGAAUAGCCUUGUAUAGUGAAUGAUGAUUGUUUUUAAGAUAACUAGAUCAACGAACCUUGAGCGGAUACCAGAACUCACAAAAAUGUUGGCAAUUGGAUGCUGUUGAUACGGACUGAGUACCUGGAUCACGAGCUGAAGGACUCAGCUAUUGAAAGUUCCACGGAAAUUCCAGUGCCAGCGCAAUGUCACAAGUGCAAACACCAAUUCUGGGUCCAGAUAAUUUUAUGAUCAACCAUAACCAAAUGAUCAAGUAUGGCAUUUCGGUACACCUUUUGAUUUGUUCUUGGGUUUUAUAUAAAUAACAACAGGUGGAAACUAUACGCAAAUGCAUUUCAGCGAAUCUACCAAAAGCGUUAGUAAGCGUAACACUGUUGAUGUGUUGGACAAAAGACAACAUACACAUGUGUCAGCAUGACGAGUGGAACACCCCCGUCUCAUGCAAGGACAAGAUACAACUUUUUCAGUUG